GAGGAACGUUUAGGCAAAAGAGUACCAGGAUGGAAAAGUGAGGGGAUCUGGAAUAUUGUUUUUGAGAGACUAAUCAAAGUACAAAGAAAACAACUAUAGAAAUUGUUCGAAGAGAAUCGGGCUUCCUUUCCUUACUGGAAGUGAUUUAUGAGUUAAUGCAUAUGGGUACAUCCACAAGAAGCGUUUUACAUUUUUUUCCAGGAAAUUCUAGAAAGGAGCUGAAGGAAUAGAUUGUAUAGAUUUACAUGGAAAAUCAUCAUCAUCAAGCAAAUCCUCCCCCGCAAAAGGUUAAGAUGGUGGAAACAUGCUGGCCAGUGCUCAAAACUCCAGUGUGUCUUGCUUCUGAAGCUAGCAGGCCGAGUCAGGAGAAGAGAUACGAGAAUACAAGUCUUCUCAUCUCUCCUUUGAGCUAUUCGCACAGCAUUUCUAAGUGCUAAGAGCAAACACCAAACCUCUCUUGUCCACAGGUGGUUCCACAGAGACUUUCACAGUGCCUGGCUUGUAGUAGAUGUUAAAUAGAUAUCUAUUAACUUCCUUUUAAACAACAUAACUAUUCUUAUUCCCUCGCCAGUGACCUCUGAAUUGCCUAUCAGAUUGGGCCUAGCAUAUAUGUUACUAAAUGCUUCUGAGUUGAACUGAAUGAAAAUGGGAAAUAUAAAAGCAGAGAGAAGGGCGAGAUGAACUCUAUCCCUGUGGAUAGAAUGAAGGGGGCAUAGCAAGUGGGGAGGGGGGGCAUCUAUUCGAGGAAAGAGGCUGUUUCCUCCCUUCUUCCAUCCUGUAUCCAGAAAGUGGAGAAAGACAUGAAGUGAGAGUCCAAGACAGGCAGAAGAGAGGACAUUUUUUCAGUCUAGAAAAAAGUGCUCAUCGGUUCCUCUAAAAUUUUGACUGUGAAGAAAGAGAUUGUGAAUAAGCCUGGACUCUAGAUAGUGAUGCAAUAGUGCAGAAUCCAGAAUGGAUGUCCUCUUUGUAGCCAUCCUUGCUGUGCCACUUAUCUUGGGACAAGAAUAUGGGGAUGAAGAAGGACUAGAAGAGGAUGAUUAUUAUCAGGUGGUCUAUUAUUAUACAGUCACCCCCAAUUAUGAUGACUUUGGUGCAAAUUUCACUGUUGAUUACUCCAUAUUUGAAUCAGAAGACAGACUGAACAGGUUGGAUAAAGAGGUAAGGGAAGGAGCGGAAACUACUACCAUUAGUCACAAAACAGAACUUACAGACCAUCAGGAGCCUGAAACAUUGAAACCAAUGACAAUGGAACCAAGUCCAGAUCUGAACGAUGCUGUAUCCAGUCUGCAGAGUCCUGUUCCCCUCCUCCUGUCCUGGGCCCUCGUUCAGGGGGGGAUGUAUUUCAUGUAGAAGGAAAAAGAAAGCUGCUACAAAUCUUCGGAUGGGGAUUUGGGAAGAGGAAUUUGGAAGAUAAAUAAAGGAAAUAAUCUGGUUA